CGGGUGCCCAGCUCGCGCAGAAGAGACGUUGAUCCGGCUGUUGGUUCUUUUCUACGGUUCACAGUACCGGAGCCCCUCCGCCCACCGCCCCGCUACCGACAUACCGCCAGCUACAGCUCGUAAACCGGUCCGCUCUUUUUCCCAGAGUCGGUCCUUCCGGAGGACACAGACACAGUGAGUUUUUCCUCCUUCCAGCGGACUGAUUUCGGGACUCAGUUCGGGUCCGGUUCGUUUUUCGGGGGCUGCCGUUACUGGACCGCAGCCUGUUUGAGUGUCACCAGAGUGAGAGAAACUGCUUCAACCGUCGGACAAAGCUUGUUUUUCUCCUCCCCACCCGGUUUGUCAGUCAUUUUUCCACCACUGCAGUUGUCAACUUGGAGCCCUGCUGGGCAAUGGACGAACCCCUCUGAGGUGAGGACGCUGCCCGCCGUUACCGACACCGACACAGGACGUGAUUUGGACAACGAACCGCCGAGUGGAGCCUGACGCCAGUGGAACAUGUUUGCUCCCCUGUGAGAACUGCACUACCCACAAUUCCUGCGAACUGACAGUCAAAGUUUACUAGAUCACUUUAACAAAAACACUCAGAGGACAAAACUGCUGUGAAGAGGACCAAAAUGGCCAACAACACAGCAGACCACCCUCCAGGGAAUUCGGUUGCAGAGGGCAACCAUGAUGGGGACUUCGGGGUGACCAUGAUGGAACUGAGGAGCCUGAUGGAGCUGCGGAGCGGGGAAGCUGUCAACAAGAUACGGGAUACUUAUGGAGAUGUGCAGGGACUCUGCCGCCGCCUCAAAACAUCAUCUAUAGAAGGUCUGUCUGGUAACCCCAAUGAUUUGGAGAAACGUCACACGGCAUUUGGAAAGAACUUCAUCCCUCCAAAGAAGCCCAAAACGUUCCUGCAGCUGGUGUGGGAGGCUCUGCAGGAUGUCACACUCAUCAUCCUGGAAAUCGCUGCAAUCAUCUCACUCGGCCUGUCCUUCUACCACCCACCAGGGGGCGACAGUGAAGCAUGCGGCCAGGCUGCAGGUGGCGUGGAGGACGAGGGCGAGGCCCAGGCCGGCUGGAUCGAGGGUGCCGCCAUCCUGUUCUCGGUCAUCAUCGUGGUCCUGGUGACGGCUUUCAACGACUGGUCCAAGGAAAAGCAGUUCCGUGGGCUGCAGAGUCGCAUCGAACAAGAACAAAAAUUCACUGUCAUUCGCAAAGGUCAGGUCAUCCAGAUCUCUGUGGCCGAGAUCGUGGUGGGAGACAUCGCUCAGAUCAAAUACGGAGACCUACUGCCUGCCGAUGGGAUCCUGAUCCAGGGCAACGACCUCAAGAUCGAUGAGAGCUCUCUGACCGGAGAGUCUGACCAGGUUCGGAAGUCAGCAGAGAAGGACCCAAUGCUUCUGUCCGGGACCCAUGUGAUGGAGGGAUCAGGCAAGAUGGUGGUGUCAGCUGUCGGCCUCAACUCUCAAACUGGCAUCAUCUUUACUCUGCUGGGCGCCGGCGAGAAUGACGAAGAGAAGAAGGUCAAGAAAAGUAAAAAACAAGGACCCCCCGAAAAUCGCAACAAAGCCAAGACCCAGGAUGGCAUCGCUCUGGAGAUCCAGCCACUGAAGAGUGAGGAAGCCGCCGAGUCAGAGGAGAAGGAGGAGGCCAAACCAAAGGCGAAGGUCAAUCAGGCCCUCGUGACCAAGAAGGAGAAGUCUGUGCUGCAGGGCAAACUGACCAGGCUGGCUGUUCAGAUCGGCAAAGCUGGUCUGAUCAUGUCGGCUCUGACCGUCAUUAUCCUCAUCCUCUACUUUGUGAUUGACACCUUCGGGAUCCAGGGUCGGACCUGGCUGGCCGAGUGCACCCCCAUAUACAUCCAGUACUUUGUCAAGUUCCUUAUCAUCGGUGUGACGGUGCUGGUGGUAGCCGUUCCCGAGGGGCUGCCGCUCGCCGUCACCAUCUCUCUGGCCUACUCUGUCAAGAAAAUGAUGAAAGACAACAACCUGGUGCGUCACCUGGACGCCUGUGAGACCAUGGGCAACGCCACGGCUAUCUGCUCUGACAAGACGGGUACUCUGACCAUGAACCGCAUGACGGUGGUGCAGGCCUAUGUCGGCGAUACACACUACAAGACCGUCCCUGAACCCGACAUCAUCAAACCAGAGACUUUGGAAACAUUGGUCAACAGCAUCUCAAUCAACUCAGCAUACACCACCAAGAUCCUGCCUCCAGAGAAGGAGGGUGGCCUGCCUCGCCACGUGGGCAACAAGACAGAGUGCGCUCUGCUGGGUCUGGUUCUCGAUAUGAAGAGGGACUACCAGCCGAUUAGAGACGAAGUGCCCGAAGAGAAGUUCUACAAGGUUUACACCUUCAACUCCUCACGCAAGUCCAUGAGCACGGUCCUGAAGAACGCCGAUGGUGGCUUCCGCAUGUACAGCAAAGGAGCAUCAGAGAUCGUGCUGAGGAAAUGCUCUCGUAUCCUGGACGCCCAGGGUCAGCCUCGUGUCUUUAAGCCGAAGGACCGUGAUGAGAUGGUGCGAAAGGUGAUUGAGCCGAUGGCCUGCGACGGGCUGAGGACCAUCUGCGUGGCCUACAGAGACUUCCCUGCCGAAGGCGGAGAACCGCAAUGGGACAGUGAGAAUGACAUCCUGAACGAGCUCACCUGUAUCGCUGUGGUCGGCAUCGAAGACCCCGUCAGACCUGAGGUACCUGAAGCCAUCGCCAAGUGUCAGCGUGCAGGAAUCACUGUUCGUAUGGUGACUGGAGACAACAUCAACACUGCCCGAGCCAUUGCAACCAAGUGUGGCAUCCUGAUACCCGGAGAGGACUUCCUCUGUCUGGAGGGCAAAGAGUUCAACCAGCAGAUCAGAAACGACAGAGGAGAGGUGGAGCAGGAGCGUCUGGACAAAGUUUGGCCCAAACUGCGUGUUCUUGCUCGUUCAUCACCAACAGACAAACACACUCUGGUCAAAGGCAUCAUUGACAGCACAGUGGGUGAAACCCGACAGGUGGUAGCAGUGACAGGAGACGGCACCAACGACGGCCCGGCCCUCAAGAAAGCCGAUGUUGGCUUUGCCAUGGGAAUCGCCGGCACAGAUGUGGCCAAAGAAGCAUCUGACAUCAUCCUGACUGACGACAACUUCACCAGUAUUGUCAAGGCCGUCAUGUGGGGGAGAAACGUCUACGAUAGCAUCUCCAAGUUCCUGCAGUUCCAGCUCACCGUCAAUGUGGUGGCCGUGAUCGUGGCGUUCACGGGCGCCUGCAUCACACAGGACUCUCCCCUGAAGGCUGUCCAGAUGCUUUGGGUCAACCUCAUCAUGGACACUCUGGCUUCUCUCGCUCUGGCCACUGAACCGCCCACCGAGUCUCUGCUGCUACGUAAACCUUAUGGCCGCGACAAGCCUCUCAUCUCCAGGACCAUGAUGAAGAACAUCCUGGGCCACGCCGUGUUCCAGCUGGUCAUUAUCUUUACCCUGCUCUUUGCUGGUGAGAAGUUGUUCGACAUCGACAGUGGCCGCAAUGCUCCCCUGCACUCCCCGCCAUCGGAGCACUACACCAUUGUGUUCAACGUGUUCGUGAUGAUGCAGCUUUUCAAUGAAAUCAACGCGAGGAAGAUCCACGGAGAGAGGAAUGUGUUCGAGGGCAUCUACAGGAACCCCAUCUUCUGCAGCGUUGUCCUGGGAACCUUCAUCCUGCAGAUCAUCAUUGUUCAGUUUGGAGGGAAGCCGUUCUCCUGCACGCCUCUGAACAUCGAGCAGUGGCUGUGGUGUGUGUUCAUCGGUGUGGGGGAGCUGCUGUGGGGACAGCUGAUCUCGGCCAUCCCAACACAUCGCCUGAAGUUCCUAAAGGAGGCAGGUCACGGUAUCAGAAAGGAAGAGAUCCACGAGGAGGAGCUGACGGAGGGCGCCGAUGAGAUCGACCACGCCGAGAUGGAGCUGAGGAGAGGCCAGAUCCUCUGGUUCAGAGGCCUGAACCGCAUCCAGACUCAGAUGGAUGUGGUCUAUACCUUCCAGACGGGGCAGGCAGCAGUGCCCGGUGCCCUGCGCCGCCAGCCGUCUGUUGUCAGCCAGCACAAUGACACCACUGCCGCCAAAACUCUCUCUAGCCCCACCCCCAUUAAGGUGGUGAAUGCAUUCCGUAGCUCCCUAUACGAGGGGCUGGAGAGCCCAGAGUCCCGUUGCUCCAUCCACAGUUUUAUGGCCCAUCCUGAGUUUGUGCCCCUGUCCGAGGAGGAGGCUCGCAUCCCCCCCAUCGAGGAGACCGGAGACGAGAUAGACCCCCUCCCCAGCUCCUCGUCUGGGGCCACAGGAGGAGGAGAGCCGCCCGGCGCCCUCCCCCACAGCUCCGAGUCAUCCAUCUGAGCUCCUCCUCCCUCCUCCUCCUCUUCAUCAGCAUCAUCUGUAACCCACCAACCGAACUGUCACCCUGAGGAGGGUUGGAGAGCCCACAGUCCCGUUGCUCCAUUCAUAGCUUCAUGGCAAGUCUUGAGUUUAUGCCCCUGUCCAAGGAGGAGGCUCGCAUCUCCCGCAUCGAGGAGACUGGAGAUGAGAUAGACCCCUCCCCAGCUUCUCGUCUGGGGCCACAGGAGCAGGAGAGCCGCCCGGCGCCCUCCCCCACAGCUCCGGGUGAUCCAGCUGAGCUCCUCCUCCCUCCUCGUCCUCUUCCUCCCUCCUCUUCAUCAGCAUCAUCUGUCAUCCACCAACCGAACUGUCACCCUGAGGAGGGAAGUCAUGUCUCUGCUCAUCCCCUCAUUCUGCUUCACCUCGUCUUCGCCCCUCGGUCAUUCCUGCCACGUUGUGUUUCUUUCAUACUGACUGUGGCGUCGCUCUGCCUGUAAGUUUGUCUCUCCGCCACCAGGACACAGUCAGUCAGUAGAAGGUGGAGUCCAGCGUCUCCACAGCCAAACGCCUGUCCUCACUCAUCUGUUUUUGUUUUGUUUUUUUUUACUUGACAAUCCUUUUUGAAAAGCUUUUAAACUUCGUUGGGUUCAAUCUUUGCUGGACUCACGGCAGCAUGUUGUGUUCUGUAUUCGCUUCAUUCCUGCAUUCUGAAAAACGGCACCGAAUUUUUUAAAGAGUGCAGUGAUUCUGAUGUACAUAAGUUCCGUUCUACACAGCUCUAAGCUGGUUUGGUGUUCAGAAGAUUUUUAGGCAAAUGCAAAAAUGUAACCUUUUGUUUUUUUAGAUGUUCACCUGUUGUUUGUUUUAAAAAUAUUCAACUAAUGUUAAUUGAAGGUUGAUUCUAACUCCUGAGAAUGUUUUAUGAGUGUCAACACUACAGUCUUCAAGGUUAAACCAAUAUUAUUCCCUUUAUCGUGUCUGUACGUGUUGGUUUUUCUUUAGCUGCUGUGUUGCAUGUGGAAGAACGGGAUGUUCACGACCCAAAAACCGCGAACACAGCGGUGUCCAGAGAUCUCGCUUUCUGCUCAGUGGCCGUCUGACCUCAUCUCAUCCAGUCAGGGUUCUCUGCCCCUCCCCGCCAUGGAUAGUAGGAAACAGGAGUGUGGUUCAAGUUCCCCCUCUAGUAGGAUGCAUGUUUUGUUUCAUUCGUGUUACGUCGCAUGAAAACUUAGGAAUGAAUAUUUGAGAUUCUCUUUCGACUGCCAUGUGUGUUCGUCUGCAGCAGCGUUUGUUCAGAGCUCCGUGAACUUCUUGUCUGAAGCACAACAGGACAGAAACAGGUUCAUCGAUAUUGAGAGUGUCACUGUCUGCGAGUACAAUCAUUCAUCCUGUUUGGGCCUCGCUCAGAUUGUACAAAAGGCAGCCAAUGGUGUCACAGUACAGGUAGCUCUGGUGAAAUGAGGCCACAACAAGAAAGGACGCCGCCUGUUUUUCCACUGCCUCCCCACAGUCAGCUCACUGCCUGUUCUACUCUGAAUUCUGAAUAUAACAGUAAGAACCAGACAGCGAGACUGAACCAACCAGUUCAAGGACGAAGCUGAAGUUUCAAGUUUCUUUCAUCUUUUUCAUGUGUCGCUUCUGAAACCUUCUUGUAGUUUGAACACACUGAACACUUAAGUGUCGAUGAGUCUGUCUCGGGUCUCAGUCGGGACGUAAUCGGAGCUCUGAGUGGCGUCCGGACCGUCUGCCUGUGUUUCACACUAAUCUUAGUACCACUUCUGAUGUUCCCUCAUCUGUCGGAUUUUAUGAACAGAAACAGAAUAAGCUGUCAGUGACAUCACACGGCCAGCAGCAGCGAAGGCGUUUGAUUACCAUCACUGCCAUUCUCCGCUCUGCCGUGUCCGAUUGACAGGCAUCGGCAUCGCAACCGCACUGAGGUUUAUGGGAGACUGACGAUGUCACCAGUCAGCAUGUAGAGUUAAAUCCACUGUGUCUGCAGAUUACUGUCUUAAAAGAAGAAGUAACCAUCCUCCAAUCAGAAGCGGCGAUGCGUCUAAUCCCCUCUUAGUCUGACUAGCAGCCAUCAACCUCUAUACGAACUAGGACGCGGUAUUGAAGUAAUGUGCUACUACUGCCAUAUUUCCAACUUUUUGUCACGACUUGGUUCUUCCUCUCCCCUCUGAUGAGCUUUUUCUAUGUAACUCAGAGCCAUAUUUUAUAGGUUGUCUGUAUUGUUUUUUAUCUCAUUGUUCUCGAGGUUUCCUUUGGACUUUCUCACCCCCACCCUCCCCCUCCUCCCCCGGCCCUUCACUCCAAACACGACCAAAAAACAAGGAGAAAAUCUUCAGUCGUCACUGCCGAACCAAGUUUAAAGGACCUCUACAAUGUUUACAUGAAAAGCGAGUCGGUGGCAGUUCGCCUGCACUUCUCUCAUCCGACCACUUCCCUGUCAUUCCCUUGCUUUCCUGAAUCUUAGAGUUACUAUUUAACUAAAUGGGGAAUCUUUCUUGCAUGGUUUUCAUAUAAAAUUCAAUGUUUUGCUCAUUUUUUACAAUUCUUCUGUAUUUUUAUAUUAAGUACUUUUUAAUAUUUUGGAGAUAUAUGAAUAUAUAUGUAUGGGCUGAAGAGUUUGGUGACAGUACAGUACAUGAAUGAGAUGAAUCUACCGUGGACUCUGUCUUUUUACAGCUCUCUGAAUAUUUAUGCCACGUGUGUCGUCUUGGUCACCUGAUGUUAGGGCUCAGAAACCUGCAGUGACUUGUUUACUUCUUGUUGGCCGUUCAAUUGGAAUUGCAACAAUCUGGUCCCAUCAGCCCCCUUUUACAUGAGUAUAACACUUUAUCUAAGAUGUUGUGGCACACUACAGGCUAUGUGAUUUCACAGUUAUCCAGUUCCAUUAGAGUUCAGCAACAUGAAUACAGCUAACUGUAUCAAACAUUAAAUGGGAGUGUUUAAUUAUUUAUCCAA